AGUCACAUGACCUCGGCUGGUUACUUCCUGACCGUCGGUUGUUUUCCUGCGGGAGAGAAAAAAAAAAAAUAACGGAUCUGUUUUGAUCUCCUGCGACACAACAGAGCUGCAAACCAGAUCCUGACAGCCAGGACUGGAGAGGGGAAAACCUGCGGGGAACACAACCACUAACCUGUCUGUAACGUUAAGUCGCCUUUACCUGUAAUUUCGGCUGCGGAGAAAUGAUCACCGGAGGAGGGGCGGGUAGCUGGUUCAGUGGUUAAACCGAAACACCGUCCGCCCUGUCGUUUUGGACAAGAAAUAAACGCAGCAGUUCACCUGGUGGAAGACGGCUCCUUUCUUUUUUUUCUUUCAUAACAAUAGCCGCAAGUGGUGGCUACUUGACAUUAGCUCUGAUUUCCCAAACAACCAGCCAUCAACAUGUCAAAAUACACAAGCUUUCCAGAGCCGACGGACGACCAGAACCCUUUCCAGGACCCUGCAGUGACUCAACACAGCAGCAACACAGGGUAUGCCACACUGGACCUUUACAACCCAUUUGACAACACAACCGGGCCUCCACCGCCAUACGAAGCCACUUCUCCCUCGGCUCCAUCUGUGCCUGCGCAGACCCCACCCAGCAGGACAACACCCACCGAGCCUCGCAACUAUGGCUCCUAUAACUCCCAGACUGCGGUGAAUGCUACCACAGCAGAGCUUCUGAGGAAGCAGGAGGAGCUGGAGAAGAAAGCCCGGGAACUGGAGAGGAGAGAGCGGGAGCUGGAGUCCCACAGCCUGGGACCUGGAGCCUCUCGUCAGAAUAACUGGCCCCCGCUGCCCUCAUUCUGCCCCGUGGGGCCCUGCUUCUACCAGGACAUCAAUGUGGAGAUCAGCCAGCGUUUCCAGCGAAUAGUCAACAUCAUGUACUACUUCUGGAUGUUCUGCACUUGCACGCUGCUCUUCAACCUGAUCUCCUCCCUGGCCAUGUUCUGCGUGGACCCCUCUGGCGGUGUUGGCCUGGGCCUCGCAAUCCUGUGGGGGCUCCUCUUCACCCCCUGCUCUUUUGUCUGUUGGUACCGACCUGUGUACAAAGCCUUCAGGAGUGACAGCUCCUUCAACUUCUUCGCCUUCUUCUUCGUUUUUUUUGCCCAAGUGGUCGUCUACGUCAUCAUGACUAUUGGCGUUCCUGGAUGGGGCUUCAGUGGGUGGAUCGUGAGCCUGAAUGCUCUGAAGACGAGUGUCCCCGUUGGUGUGAUCAUGAUGUUGAAUGCCAUCCUCUUUACUGCCCAAACCGCCAUGGGGGUUGUCAUGCUGAAGAAGGUCCACAGUCUGUACAGGCAGACCGAUGCCAGCUUCCAAAAGGCCCAGGCUGAGUUCGCCACCGGAGUCAUGUCCAAUCAGGCUGUACGUCAGGCCGCUGCCAACGCCGCCCAGGGUGCCUUCACCGCACCUCGAUAGAGAGGCACAAGAGGGGCUGGGAGUGAAGGAGGAGGGCCUUUUCAGCUUGAUUGAGCAACAGUUUGGUAUUUAUUUCCCCACAGGUGAUUAGAAGUUGAUGGGCAGGGGAGAGAGUCUUUAUAGUUAGCCUGGGGCACCUGAACUUUAGGGCACUUUGCAUGAGACAGAGGUGGGGUUGUCUAAUUUCAAAAUGUGUACAGAACAGGUUACCUAUAUUGCCAAACCCGGAGUCAACACAUCAUAAGUGUUGAUUCGAGAAAAGGAAAAAACGGUGUGCGAUAUGAAAACGAUAAGAAGCUGAACAUGUAUGAAAUGUAGCGCAGCCGUACCAAGUGUCAGUGAAUGCAAGGAAAUGCUUUUUAUACGAGGAGACAAGCUGUGUGCCAAGUGGGAUAGUACUAUCGUGGAUAUUUCCUAUUUUUGACUGACUUGGAUGUACAUUGUGUUUACGAGGUGCCAUGUUUGCGAGAAAUGUAAGCGUUGGAGCUGAACCCCGAAAUGUUGCCAUUCUAACAUUUGAUCCGUAACUGAGCGGAUCGACUUUAGCCAACGCUACUUUUUGUUUCUUAAGUGUAAAACUAACAAGUUGUUUUGUUAUUAUCCCAAAUGAGAAUGCCUAUUUACUGUAUUGCCAAAAUCUUUCAUACUGUAAAGAUUAUGAACGUGCGUUGUUUUGGUUACAAUAUAUCCCUCACUGUUCUGUUAGUGCUGCUUGUGGUUCUUAUGAUUAUUACAGGUCACUGUCUUGGUUUUAAUAGAAAUAAAUUGUCCUGCUUACACAGUCA